UAUCUCUUCCACUACCACUGCAUACACUACAAGUCAUAUACAGAGUACAGUACACCCACCAACCCACCACUGCAGGAGAGAAGGAACAUCCCGUCCUUUCUCUCCUACGAAACCAUGCGGCCAUGCCCAGGAAACCCAAUCUCCUCAACCAGAGCGGCCUACAGUUCCUGAACGCAAGCUAUUGCUCGCACUUCCCCGCUCGGCGGCACCAUUGCCAGCGCUACGCCACCAGCAGCACCAACCCCAACCCCAACUCUCACGACCUAACAUGGCCAACAAGCCCAACCUUCACCCCUUACGACCUCUUCCACCUGGACCGCAAAGCCCCCUACACGAAAACACGAUACUAUGAACUCGUGAAGAUCUACCACCCGGACCGCUCCUCACCGAGCAGCCCGAGCAGCGGCAGCGGCAGCACCAGCAACCAUCAACCACACCCCCUCCUCCAAAACCUCACCCCGGAGGUCCGCAUCCAACGGUACCACCUCCUCGUCGCCGCGCACGAGCUCCUCUCCGAUCCCGCCCGACGAGCAGCGUACGACCAGUUCGGCACGGGAUGGAACGUCCACCGCCCGGACCGCCACCACGCUGCCGCCGACGAGCACCCCGAAAACGAGGUCCCGCCGUGGGCCCGCCCGGGCUCCAAGGACUACGGGCCCAUCUUCGCCAACGCCACCUGGGAGGACUGGGAGCGGUGGCACAACCGCCACCAAGGGCGGCAGCAGCACAUGGUGGACAACCGGACGUUCAUCUCGUUUGUGGUGCUGCUCACGCUGCUGGGCGGGGCGCUGCAGGCGUCGUGGAUCAGUCAGCUCAGCAGUGGGUAUGAGGAGCGGUUGUGGGAGGUCACGGAGCAGUCGGAGCGGUUCCUGAAUGGGCGCCGGGAGAAGUCGGUCGUCGCGGAGCGGGGGAAGGGGCUCGAGGAGAAGGUGCAGCGGUUCUUGUUGGAUCGGGAUCCCACCGGGGUGGGGUUGAAGGGGGAGGAAGGGGAGGUUUAUCGGGGGUUUUUGGGGAAGAAUGGUGGUCGUGGGAAGGGAGAUGGGGCGAAGGUUGAUGCUGAUCCUGCUGUUUCUUCUGGUGGUGCUGCUGCUGCUACUACUGCUGCUGUUGUUGCUGUGAAGGACGGUGAUGGGGUCCAGGAUCAAUCGUCUACUUCUCCAUCGGGGGAGCCGGAGACGGCUCCAUGAGUUAGACUUAUUGUUGAGUAUUUGGAUAAGUCAUUGGAGCAGCUUGUGGACGUUUACCGUGCAUGUGGCGAGCCUUGGAGCAUUUCUCGCGGCCCGACGGGAGCAAAGCUCGCCAUCGCAGGCAAUUAAAAAGUAGUCAAUUGGUCUCUUAAGAGAGGACACAAGACAAUAUUCCCUGUUGCUGAAGAGUCUACUGUCAACAAUUCAAACCAAACAAUCACAU